AUGAGUAAGAAUGGUUUUGUGAGCUAUGGCAGCGUUUCUGCUGUGGGUGGAGCCAUUGGAAGCAAUGACCAAUGAUUUCAGGGUGGUGCAGCUCCUGCUACUAAGGCCCCAAGAUCCAGGGUUCGAAUCCAGGAUAUUAUACCUUGUAAACAGCUGCUCAUCUCCGCCCUGGUUGACAAUGUCUUCAAGAUUAGGGGAAUUGAAGUUUUCCAGGUCUCUCUUGUGGGGAUAACCAGAAAGGCAGAGAGGGCUUCCAGCUACAUUCUUUAUGGAAUUGAUGAUAUGACCACCAAGCCUAUUGAGGUCCGCCAGUGGUUCAGAAGAAAUAAAGCAAAACAGAGGAUGUCGCUUCUUCCAGUGGGAGUAUAUGUCAAAGUGAUUGGUAUCCUCAAAUGUUUUAAGGAAGUAAAGGGCCUUGAAGUCUUGAAUAUCCAUGUCCUGGAGGACAUGAAUGAGUUCACCACACAUAUUCUGGAAACAGUCAAUGCACAUAUGAUGUUGGAUAAAGCCCACCAAGGGGCCUCUGGGCCCAGUGCGGCUGUUGUCCCAUCAAAAAUAGAAGAGGUCCAAAAGUAUGGCGAUUACUACCACCUUGACUUCAUCCACAAGGAAGUUCAGCAUUUGAUCCGUCAGUGUCCUCAACAGGAAGGCGAAAGUGUGCAUGAGCUCCAGACCCAGCUUCACAGCCUGAGCGACGGGGCCAUCAAGCAAGCCCUUGAAUAUCUGACCAUUGAGGGCUACUUUUACCCCGCUGUGGAUGAAGAGCAUUUUAAAUCUGCUGAUUGA